CAGGUCUACAUAUUCUGCCGAAAAGAACGAUGAAACUUUUCCUGAUACUGAGUAUUUUCGUAAUUUGUGCGGCAGAACUAAGAGUUUUGUGGAGAUGUGAAACAAUAACAGCACACCCACCACGCUGCGAAAAAUUCACGCAGUUUCACCGCUUGAACCUGAGGAUUGCAAUUUCUCCUGAGAUUAUUUACGAAAGAAAAGAGGACUGCGAAAAAAAUUGCCUGUACUGGGCGAGCAAACAUGGAUGGACAGUGACAUUGACUAAGAAGCACUGA